CUUCUGGACAGGCUUUGCAAACUGCUUAGACCACAUUCUCUGAGGUGUUUAAAGAGGGUGGAGUAUGCAGUAUUUAUUUAGGUACUCUACAAACCUUAAUAAGAAUCGAGUGCUUGUAGCGAUCGCAGAGAACAAACAGAGAGCCAGCUGGCAGGAGCCGAGCGCUGCCGCUGCGCUUUGAUUGCUUCUAACACCAAAAACCAGAGUAGUACUUAAAAAAAAAAUGGCUUUCUUAAUUUCUUUUAUCUCCGAUCCUGUGUUAAUGGGUCUGCUGUGUGCAGCAGUGCUGUUAGCUGCACUCUAUUUUUCAACCGGCUCUAAAAACGCAGCGUUUAAAUUGCCUCCUGGUCCAACUCCUCUUCCGAUCAUUGGUAACCUGCACUUGGUGGACAUCAGAAGGCAAGAUAAGUCACUAAUGAAGCUUGCGGAAGAAUACGGCCCGGUCUUCACCCUCCAUUUUGGCUUCCAGAAAGUUGUGGUCCUGACCGGGUACGAAGUUGUGCGGGAGGCGCUUGUGAACUACACAGAGGAGUUUGUAGACAGACCAUCCAUCCCAAUAUUUGACCAAAUUCAGAAUGGAAACGGUGUGUUCUUCUCCAUCGGCGACCUGUGGAGAACAACGCGCAGGUUCACCGUCUCCAGCAUGCGCAACCUCGGCAUGGGGAAGCAGAUGAUGGAGGGGAAGGUUUGUGAGGAGCUUCACUUCCUCAUUGAGAAGAUCAAAUCCUUCAAAGGGGAACCUUUCAGCCUGAGGUCCUUCAGCAUCGCUCCGAUCAACAUCACCUUCCUCAUGCUCUUUGGGGACAGGUUUGACUAUAAGGACCCAACAUUUCUCACUCUCCUAAGACUCAUAGAUGAAGUUAUGGUUCUUCUGGGAUCUCCAUACUUGAAUUAUUUCAAUUUCUACCCAUUCCUUGGAUUUCUUUUCAAAACUCACAAGAUUUUGCUAAAGAAAAUAGAAGAUGUGCGCGCUAUUAUAAGGCAAUACAUGAAGGCGAGCAGGGAAGAUAUCAAUGAGAACAGUGUGAGGAGCUACACUGAUGCAUUGGUAUUCAAGCAGCACGAGGAGAAAAACAAGAAAGACAGCCUCUUCCAUGAUGACAACUUAAUUGCAUCCAUACUUGACCUGGUCAUGGCGGGCACAGAGACCACGGCCACCACGCUGCAGUGGGCCAUCCUGCUGAUGAUGAAAUACCCUGAGAUCCAAAAAAAGGUGCAGGAGGAGAUUGGAAGAACUGUCAAAGCUGGCAGCUGGGCCACGUACGAGGACCGCAAGAAGAUGCCGUUCACAAACGCAGUGAUCCACGAAGUGCAGAGGUUCAUCACCCUCCUGCCCCACGUUCCCCGCUGCACUGCUGUGGACACCCACUUCAGGGGAUACUUCCUUCCCAAGGGCAUAAUUGUCAUCCCAUCGCUCACCUCGGUGCUGCUGGAUAAGACGCAGUGGGAGACACCACACCAGUUCAACCCCAACCACUUCCUUGAUGCUGAAGGGAAUUUUGUCAAGAGGGAGGCUUUCCUGCCCUUCUCCACAGGGCGAAGGAACUGCAUCGGAGAAAGCCUCGCCAAGAUGGAGCUGUUUGUCUUCUUCGUCGGGCUGCUGCAGACAUUCACUUUCCAACCUCAGCCGGGAGUUUCAGAGGCUGACCUGGACCUGACCGUCCCCGAAACGACUUUCACAUUAAGGCCUCGGCCCCAGGCGACCCGUGCCGUCCUGCGCGAAUAGGCAGUGCUGCAGCGGGGCGGCCAGGUGGGGCCAACACCAAGGCCCAUCUUAGCUGUGCUAGGGCUCAUCGCCCCGUCCCAACGUGCCACGCUCUGUCGUAUUUCCCUCCCGCUGUCUCUGUCCACUCCCACCCCUACAUCUCCCCAUAGGUCGCUGACCUGCUCUUUGCUCCCUUGCUGUGGGGAAUGCAGGCAAAUCAAUGAGAAAGCACAAUCCUGGUGACCCUCCCAGAGAGGGACACCGAGCAGCUGAAGGACCGGGGGGUGUGUGUCCAUGACAUGUAGGUGUGACAUCCACACUUCAACGCCAAAGAAGUAAGGCUCACAACACUGCAGAAAUCUGCCCAAAAUUCCCACUCAAGACACACCAGCGUUCACUGGGAGCUGAAAUACACUGUAGGUGCUUCUUGAGCCAAGCUCUCUCAUUAGCCAGAGCUUCCAGCAAAAUCCCACCGGGGCAGGCAGCCAAGACAAGAACUGAGAGUGCAAAACCACCCAUCCACGGGCUGCGGGGAUGAAGUUCUUCCUCCUUGAAACACAGUCCUGAAAGACACCUUAAAGUCUGCAAGCCUGUCUAGAUAGCUAAGAGUUGCCGCCACCACGUUCAACACUGUUCCACAGUCUGAAUGGAAGAGGAUCUACAUUUAUAAGUUUGCAGUUAACAUUCAUAACAGCAAGUGACCAUAAAAGGCUAAUGAUACAGGAAAAUAAACCAGACUCAUUUCUAGUUUUAUGGAUGUCUGUCUUUUCUGACCUGGUUAAAAUAGGAGCAAACGCAUUCUCUCUCUCAGGAAUGGCAAUCAGUGCAGUUUGGAACAGUUUGGCCAUUGGAACCAACCAUGCAAUUUCUUUGCAAGUGGAGCCUUGUAUGCAUGCAAACACUCAUGCAAGGAGAAUUUGGAUCAGACCAAGUUGUGGUUAUUUUCUUUUGCUCUGUCUGCUGCCCCAGUCCAUAGCACUCUUAUCAGCCAUCACAUUCUGCAAUCUCAAUCCGGUUGAUGUAUAGCUCAGGAUAUUUUCCAUCCAAAUAGCUGCCUGUGAAUCGCUGUUCUCCAUAUGCAUUAUCUUAUCGUGUGCUUUAUCACAUUGUUUAUAUCUUUCCCUUUACGGGAACCCAAUAAAGUUUUAAUUCUCCCACGUUUUCAUUACA